GAUGACAUUCCAUAACAUUAAUUUAUAUCUUUUAGUAAUAUUUCGGCUCCUUAAUUUUCAUGGUGUACAAAAAAGCCAUUUUAAUCUAGAAUUUCAUUAACUUGACUCUUUAACAGAUUUUAGAUGCCCACGGUAUGCAGAUACUAUGGAAAAUGGCUGCAGUGUGUCCUUCAAAUCGAAUAAGGAGACGCCUUUAACUAGGGAUGAAUCGCUAACUUUAGCUACUUUGAGGUUAACUUUUAUAUCAGAGAUGCACUUCUUACAAUACGGCCUAGAAAAAAUUGUCAGCGUGGUUAACUCUGGAUUUUUUGAAAUAGAAGGCGGGAAUUUUGCUUGCGCAUUUUGUACACACGAGGAAAAAGCGAACGUUCUGCUCGAUCAUGAUAUCCGGCAUAGCAAUAUCAUACACAAGGAAAUCUCUCCAAAUUGUCCGCAUCAAGCACAUUCAUCAAACGACGCCUCAACGGAAAAAGAGCUGGACUUGGCCACAUGCUUCGACUACAAGCGGGAGUCACAUCGGAGGAUCAGCUUUCUGCAAUACGCUCUGCCCUGGGUUUGCACGGUGGACUUUGGUGAACUGGCCGCGGCGGGUUUCUACUACAUGGGCCCGGAAGACAACGUCAUCUGCUUCUUCUGCCGAGUACAGAUCAAGGGCUGGGAAACAGACGACAAAGCUGACACGGAGCACAAGCGCUGGAGUCCCAGCUGCCCCAUGGUCACUAAGGAGCCCACUUUGUGCAACGUGCCGCUCACGGAAGAACUCGAAUACUCACAGGAGGCUGAGAAGUGCCUUAAAAAUCUUUUAGCAUGUGAGAAUGCACGCGUUAAUAUGCGCAGUGGACACUGUUUGCUCAGCGAGGAAGAAAUAAAUUCAUUGCUGGGCGCUAGCAAGUAUCCCGAGAAGCAAGCUCAUGAAGAAAGGCUAAAAACCUUCAACGCAUGGCCGUUGAGCGUGAGACAAACGCCCGAAAGUUUAGCAUCGGCAGGCUUCUACUCCGUCGGCGACGGUGACAAGGUUCUCUGUUUUCAUUGCGGUCUUGGAAUUAUGGAUUUCGCACCCACAGAUGACCCUUUCGAAGAACACGCGAAGUGGAAUCCGAUAUGCACUUACGUCAUUUUGGAAAAGGGGAUGGACUUUGUAAAGGGUUCCCUUCGAAAAAAUUCAAUUGUGGAGAAAACUGGCAAUCAAGGAAUAAUUAAAAAGUGAAGGAGCUUUAUUCUAUUUGAUUUUGGAAUUUAAGCAAAAUUAUUUUAGCUCGAUUAGCUCUUGCUCCGUUCAACAACAGCAGCAAGAAAUACUUAUAUAAAUAUCGAACUUGUAUUGUUUCUAUCUUGGUUUGAGACGGCAAAAUUUGUUAUAAUUUCAUAAAUGAU